UGCAGCACCUCGGGCUGGGCUCCUGUUAGGUGGGAGUGCCUGCGCCCAGGCAGUGGCUCAGAGGCAGCUACUCCAUGCAGAGCUGAAGCUGGUCCUGCAACAGAAGGGGGAGAAGAAGCAGGAGUCUGGGGCCCAGGUGACUCUCAGCAGUGCCAUGGAGGCCAGGAGCCGGAGUGCUGAGGAGCUGAGGCGGGCGGAGUUGGUGGAGAUCAUCGUGGAGACCGAGGCACAGACUGGGGUCAGCGGCAUCAAUGUGGCGGGCGGCGGCAAGGAAGGGAUCUUCGUCCGAGAACUGCGCGAAGAUUCACCCGCCGCCAGGAGCCUCAGCCUCCAGGAAGGGGACCAGCUGCUGAGCGCGCGCGUGUUCUUUGAGAACUUCAAGUACGAAGACGCACUACGCCUGCUGCAAUGUGCCGAGCCUUACAAGGUCUCCUUCUGCCUGAAGCGCACUGUGCCCACCGGGGACCUGGCACUGCGGCCCGGAACAGUGGCUGGCUACGAGAUCAAGGGCCCGCGGGCCAAGGUGGCCAAGCUGAACAUCCAGAGUCUGUCCCCUGUGAAGAAGAAGAAGAUGGUGGUGGUGCCUGGGGCUCUAGGGGUCCCUGCAGACCUGGCCCCUGUUGACGUCGAGUUCUCCUUUCCCAAGUUCUCUCGUCUACGCCGGGGCCUCAAAGCUGAGGCCGUCAAGGGUCCUGUCCCAGCUGCCCCUGCCCGUCGGCGCCUCCAGCUGCCUCGGCUGCGUGUACGAGAGGUGGCCAAAGAGGCCCAGGCAGCUCGGCUGGCUGCUGCUGCUCCUCCCCCCAGGAAGGCCAAGGUGGAGGCUGAGGUGGCAGCAGGAGCCCGUUUCACAGCCCCUCAGGUGGAGCUGGUUGGGCCCCGGAUGCCAGGUACUGAGGUGGGCAUCCCCCAGGUCUCAGCUGCCAAGGUGGUCCCCUCAGCAGAGGCACCCAGUGGCUUUGCCCUCCACCUGCCAACCCUUGGGCUAGGAGCUCCGGUGGCACCUGUUGUGGAGACCCCAGCUGUAGGGAUCCAGGUACCCCAAGUGGAGCUGCCCCCCUUACCCUCACUACCCACUCUGCCCACACUUCCCUGCCUGGAGACUCAGGAAGGGGCUGUGGCUGUAACUGUGCCCACCCUGGAUGUGGUAGCGCCUGCUGUGGGGGUGGACCUGGCCUUGCCAGGCACUGAGGUGGAGGCCCGGGGAGAGGUGCCAGAGGUCGCCCUAAAGAUGCCCCGCCUCAGUUUCCCCCGCUUUGGAGCUCGAGCAAAGGAAGCUGCAGAGGCCAAAGUGGCCAAGGGCAGCCCCGAGGCCAGGGCAAAAGGUCCCAGACUUCGAAUGCCCACUUUUGGGCUUUCGCUCCUGGAGCCCAGGCCUGCUGCUCCUGAGGCAGUUGAGAGCAAGUUGAAGCUUCCUACCAUCAAGAUGCCCUCCUUUGGCAUUGGGGUGUCAGGACCAGAGGUCAAAGUGCCCAAGGGGCCUGAAGUGAAGCUCCCGAAGGCCCCUGAUGUCAAGCUCCCCAAAAUGCCUGAGGCUGCCCUUCCUGAUGUGCAACUCCCAGAGGUUCAACUCCCAAAAGUGUCAGAGAUAAAACUCCCAAAGGUUCCAGAGAUGGCUGUGCCGGAGGUGCGGCUUCCAGAGGUGCAGCUGCCGAAAGUCCCGGAGGUGAAAGUCCCCGAGAUGAAGCUCCCCGAGAUGAAGCUCCCCGAGGUGAAGCUCCCAAAGGUGCCCGACAUGAAACUUCCUGAAGUCAAACUCCCGAAGGUGCCUGAGAUGGCUGUACCUGAUGUGCACCUCCCAGAAGUGCAGCUCCCCAAAGUCUCAGAGAUGAAACUCCCCAAGAUGCCCGAGAUGGCUGUGCCAGAGGUGCACCUCCCAGAAGUGCAUCUCCCCAAAGUCUCAGAGAUGAAACUCCCCAAGAUGCCCGAGAUGGCUGUGCCAGAGGUUCGACUGCCAGAGGUGCAGCUGCCAAAAGUCUCAGAGAUGAAACUCCCCAAGGUGCCAGAGAUGGCCGUGCCUGAGGUGCGUCUCCCGGAGGUCCAGCUUCCAAAAGUCUCAGAGAUGAAAGUCCCUGACAUGAAACUCCCUGAGAUGAAGCUCCCGGAGAUAAAACUCCCCAAGGUGCCGGAGAUGGCUGUGCCUGAUGUGCAGCUUCCAGAGGUGCAGCUGCCAAAGGUGUCAGAGAUUCGACUGCCGGAAAUGCAAGUGCCGAAGGUCCCAGAAGUGCAUCUUCCAAAGGCACCGGAGGUGCAGCUGAAAGCUGUUGGGGUGGAGCAGGUGGAGGGGGUGGAGUUUGGUUUCAAGAUGCCUAAGAUGACAAUGCCCAAGCUAGGGAGGGCAGGGCCCCCGUCACAAGGCAAGCCAGGAGAGGCAGGUGCUGAAGUCUCAGGGAAGCUGUUGGCACUUCCCUGUCUGCAGCCGGAGGUGGGUGGCGAGGCUCGUGGGGGUGUCCCCUCUCUCACUUUGCCCUCAGUAGAGCUAGACCUGCCAGGGGCCCUCGGCCUGGAAGGACAGGUCCAACCUGUUGAAGUGGGUAAGCUGCAGCAGGCAGAGGGCUCUGGGGUGACAGUAGGGAUUGGAGAGGUGGGUUUUCGAGUGCCCUCUGUGGAGAUUGUCACUCCACAGCUGCCCACAGUGGGAGCUGAGGAGGGGCAGCUGGAGAUGAUGGAGAUGAAAGUCAAGCCCUCCUCCAAGUUCUCCCUGCCUAAAUUUGGACUUGUGGGGCCAAAAGUGAUCAAGUCAGAGGCUGAGGGGGUUGGGCGAGCCCCCAAACUGAAAGUUUCCAAGUUCGCCAUCUCACUUCCCAAGGCUCGAGUGGGGACUGAGGCUGAGGCCAAAGGGGCGGGCGAGGCAGGCCUGCUGCCUGCCCUAGACCUGUCCAUCCCACAGCUCAGCCUGGAUGCCCAUCUACCCACAGGCAAGGUGGAGGUGGCUGGGGCCGAUGUCAAGUUUAAGGGGCCCAGGUUUGCUCUGCCCAAGUUUGGGGUCAGAGGCCGGGACACUGAGGCAGGAGAACUGGGGCCAGGGGUGGCUGAGUUGGAAGGUAAGGGCUGGGGCUGGGAUGGGAAGGUGAAGAUGCCCAAGCUGAAGAUGCCCUCCUUUGGGCUGGCUCGAGGGAAAGAAGCAGAAGUCCAGGGUGGGCGCAUCAGCCCUGGGGACAAGCCCGAGUCCAUAGCUGGGCAGCUCAAGCUCCCUGAGGUGGAGCUGGUCACACUGGGAGCCCAAGAGGAAGCGGGAGCAGAAGGGGCAGUGGCCACCAGCACGGUGCGGCUGUCAGGCCUGCAGGUGUCCAUGACCAGGCAGGUGGUCUCUGAGGCCCACGAUGGGGGACUGAGGAUGCCUCCAUUGGGCAUCUCCCUGCCUCAGGUGGAGCUGAGUGGCUUUGGUGAGGUAGGCACCCUGGGGCAGCAGGCGGAGAGUACGGCCCCUUCAGCAGAGGGCACAGCAGGCUACAGGGUCCAGGUGCCUCAGGUGGCCCUGUCUCUGCCUGGAGCCCAGGUGGCAGGUGGUGAGCUGUUGGUGGGCGAGGGCAUCUUCAAGAUGCCCACUGUGACGGUGCCUCAGCUUGAGCUGGAUGUGGGGUUGGGCCAGGAGGCACAAGUGGGUGAGGCAGCCAAGAGUGAGGGUGGGCUGAGGGUGAAGUUGCCUACAUUGGGAUCUGGAACUGAGGCUGAGAGAGAAGGGGCCGAGGACCAGCCCCCAGGGGCUGAGCGCUCCUUCCGCCUCUCGCUGCCAGAGGUGGAGCUCUCCCCACCUGCUGUGGGCAGCCAUGCGGAGUACCAGGUGGCUGAGGGUGAGGGGGAUACUGGACACAAGCUCAAGGUGCGGCUGCCCCGGUUUGGCCUGGUGCGGGCCAAGGAGGGGGCAGAGGAGGGCGAGAAGGCCAAGAGCCCCAGACUCAGGCUGCCCCGAGUAGGCUUCAGCCAAAGUGACACGGUCACUAGGGAAGGUUCCCCGAGCCCCGAGGAGGAAGAGGAAGAGGGAGGUGGAGACGGGGCCUCAGGACGCCGGGGCCGUGGUCGGGUCCGCUUACCCCGUGUAGGUCUGGCCACCUCUUCCAAGGUCUCUAAGGGACAGGAGGGCGAGGCAGCCCCCAAGUCCCCUGUCGGGGAGAAGUCACCCAAGUUUCGCUUCCCCAGGGUGUCCCUGAGCCCUAAGGCCCGGAGCAGGAGUGGGGACCAGGAAGAGGGUGGAUUCAGGGUCCGGCUGCCCAGUGUAGGAUUCUCCGAGACAGGGGCUCCAGGCCCCACUAGGAUGGAGGGGGCUCAGGCUGCUGCUGUUUGAAGCUCCAGGAAGAUGGAGACUCCCCUUCUGUCUUCCCAGCAACUCUCCCCACCCCUGUUUUGUGUGUGAGAUAACUAGCACUAAUCCCAAGAGGGUCUGGAGGUGGGGGACCCACCAGGGCAGGGUGCCUGUGUCUGUCUCAUUGGGGGGAGUGCCUGUAUGAUGUCAAGCCAUGUGAAUAAAAUAAUC